GGUCACUAUGAAUAUGAGAAUUCCUUGAGAAGAAAUGCGAGAAGCGAGCAGUUGUCUUGAAUCUUCUUUAUUCAUAAAUGUUUUAUUUUUAAUUUGUUGAAAUCUAUUUUGGUGGAAGUAAUUUUCUCUCUAAAUAUAUAAGCUUAUACAUAUUAAGUAUUUAUUUAAUAGGGUUGUGGCAGCUGAAGACAUAAAUAAAAAGUGGUUGUGUUUGUGGCAUAAUGUCACAAUAACAUCUUGUUUGUUGUAAAUAUAUUAUUAACAAUAUGGACAACAUUGACGAGAAAGUGCCUGCAGCAGCUGGCUCCCAUUUGGAGGCAGAUGUCACAGUGGAACCUGAAUUUGAUUACUCCAGCGUCCGUGGCAAGAUGAUAUUGGUUAGUCCAACUACAGAUGAAUAUGAUUUAUUAAAAAAACAACUCACAGAACGUCUAGAAGCUGGAAAUGGUGAAAUAAUUUAUGAUAUUGGACAUGGAGAAGAUGGAAAAGGUCUUACAGAGGAUGAAUACAAUGCUUCAGUAGCAACUCUGCAAUCUCUGGUAAAUGAGAGAGUGUCCUGUGUAGAAUUGAGGAAAUGGGAUUGUGGCACAGGAAUUGUAGGACAAUAUUUACUGAGAACAGAACUUGAUCAUAAUGAUUUUAUGGAAAUAAGAGUCGCUGUUGUGGGUAAUGUAGAUGCAGGCAAAUCAACACUACUAGGAGUUUUGACGCAUGGGGAACUGGAUAAUGGAAGAGGUCAUGCAAGGCAAAGGCUAUUCAGGCACAAACAUGAGGCAGAAACUGGACGUACAAGCUCAGUGGGAAAUGAUAUUCUCGGUUUUGAUAGUCUAGGUAAUGUGGUGAACAAACCUGAUCAUGGGACUCUAGAUUGGGUGAAGAUUUGUGAGAAAUCAUCAAAAGUGAUUACAUUCAUUGAUCUAGCAGGCCACGAGAGGUACUUGAAGACUACAGUUUUUGGGAUGACAGGCCAUGCGCCUGACUUUGGUAUGCUCAUGAUAGGCGCGAACGCCGGCAUCGUGGGUAUGACGAAGGAGCACCUGGGGCUGGCCUUGGCGCUGUCGGUGCCCGUGUUCGUGGUGGUUACCAAGAUUGACAUGUGUCCGCCCAACGUGCUGCAGGAUAAUCUAAAACUCCUGAUCAGAAUACUAAAGUCGUCCGGAUGUCGGAAGGUGCCCGUGAUGGUGAAGACGAAAGAUGACGUCAUCGUCAGUGCCACUAACUUUGUUUCACAAAGGUUAUGUCCAAUCUUCCAAGUGUCGAACGUGACAGGAGAGAACCUGGAGCUGCUAACGAUGUUCCUCAACCUGCUGAAGACCAGAAUGCCCUCACAGGAUGACAAGCCUGCUGAGUUUCAAAUAGACGACACAUAUUCUGUACCGGGCGUGGGGACAGUGGUGUCGGGUACCACGCUAGCCGGCGUGAUCAGGCUGAACGACACGCUGCUACUGGGGCCAGACCCACUGGGCCGGUUCGCUCCCAUCACCGUCAAGAGUAUCCACCGCAAGCGUAUGAGCGUGCACGAGGUGCGCGGCGGACAGACCGCGAGCUUCGCGCUCAAGAAGAUAAAGCGUUCUCAGAUCCGCAAAGGCAUGGUGAUGGUGUCUCCGGCGCUCAACCCGCAGGCGUGCUGGCAGUUUGAGGGCGAGAUCCUGGUGCUGCAUCACCCUACAACCAUCUCCUCAAGAUAUCAGGCAAUGGUCCACUGCGGCAGCAUCCGGCAGACGGCGACCAUCUUGUCGAUGUCUCGCGACUGUCUCCGCACGGGCGACAAGGCGCGCGUCCGGUUCCGCUUCAUCAAGCACCCGGAGUAUCUACGCCGCGGACAGCGAAUGGUGUUCCGUGAGGGCCGCACUAAGGCGGUAGGCAACGUGCUGCGACCGGAACCGCAUGCUCACCUCGCGGCUCGGAACGCGCGCGACAGACACCACGUGCGGGACACGAUCCCGGAGGGUGACGAAUCUGGGGCGACGUCUCCCCUGGAGAAGACCGGAGGACGGCGGCAGAGGAAGCGGCCCGACAAUGCACAGUCGUCCCACUCGCAAGCUCUCGUCGCGAACUAGAGGCGGCAACACUAGCCGAAUGUAUUGCCAGCCACACACCACACACCAGAGCCGAUAUAUACACUUUAUAUAGCACCUACUCUUAAAAAUACCUUCUGUAUUCUCGACAUCACAUAUGACAUGAAGAUAUUGUAUUGGAUGGUUUACGUCAAAACUAAUUAUUAUAAUAUUUAUUUAUAGUACACCUCAGAAAUUAGGAAGCGAGCCUUGAGCGCGAGUUUGAUUCUCGCCCGUCAUGUACCAAUUUUUUCGGUUUUCGAAUUCAUCUGUACUUUUAUAUUGGACGCUGUAUAUGAUCAUAUACCACGAGGUGGCACCUUUGUUCGCGCGUUAGUUCUUCUCAUCCAUAAAAAAAGUUUUUUUAUGUUGAUUUGACAAUCGGCCGAAAUUGCGUCAAUUUCUUACAAAUUACAAAGUUGUAUAAAAAUCUAGGUCUUAAUGUGUUUUUUUUGUGCUCUUUUACUUAGAAUGAUACUUUGCAGACCCGAUAGGCGUUGUCCUGUACACACAUGUUAAAUUUUAAUAAUCGGUCCAGACUUUAGGAGGAGAUCACUAACAUACGAAGGAGAAUUAUAUGUCGACUGUAUUGAGAAUCUAAACCAAUCUCAAAUUCAAUAGAACACUCCAAAAAAAUCAUCAAAAUCGGUCCAGCCAUUUAAGAGGUACUUCAAUUGUGAAUCUACACCAUCCUCGAAUCCACUUGAACACUCACACAAUAUUUCAUUAAAAUCGGUCCAGCUGUUUAGGAGGAGUUCACUGUCAACACACAUACAGAAGAAUUAUAUAUAUAAAGAUAAAUUAUGUGCCUUCAAAUAGAACAACCAUACUCAACAUGGCUGAUAUGGAAAGUAUUACCGUCAUUAUGCAGAAUCAUUUUCGACAGCUAUAUGUGAUAUAAAUCUUUACAUAAAAUGUUUGUUUGUUCUGAAUGUCAAAUCUCCUAAGAAUUCAUUACUAAGCAUUUCGAAAUUUUUACACAACAUUGAAUUCAUAUUGAAUGAUGUUUUUCUUAUAAUAUCGGUUACAUAUCUUAUUGCACUUGUGUGGUGUUAGCUUGGCAUUACCAAAGAUUGUACACAUUUUUGCUUUAAAUCUCUGAAUAGAAACAAUUUUUGAUAUUUUUACUUCCAUUUAGCAAAUAUUCAUUGUUUUUAUAGGAACCAUUUAUAUUAUUAAGUACAGUGUGAUUUUAUGUACAAUUAUUGAAUGCAAGAGGUUGGAGUCAUGUAAUUAUAAAUGUUCUUUAGCAUUGAAGUGUACCCUCUUCGUAAAUUACGUUAUACAACAGAUUUGAUGGUGUGAUCAAAUCUUUCAUAUAAUGUUAAAACAGCAACUGAACCGGUCUGUCUGUACACGGAAAUUACAUUAUAUAUACAGUACAAGGAAAGAGUACCUGGGACUCACAGCCACGUGUAAGUAGAACAUCUUCCCUACUGGAGUUGAUUUAAGCAGAUUUAGAGCAAGACAUGUGUAGUGAUAUUGACAUCACAUCUCCAAAUAAAUCUUCGAUCAAUCUAUUUUAUUAAUCACUUCUUUAAUACCCUUUUAAUAAAACACAAGCACUUACCACACACUACAGUAAACAAAUGAUAUUUAAAAAUAAAAUGAAAAUUAUUUAUUUAUUAUGAUUUAAUAAUUCAGAAGUUAUUUAACAUUCUAUGUUAACACACUGAGUCUUCGCACUUGUGUUGUCUGUUUCUCACAAAGAUGUUCUACUUACAAAUUUUUGACUUACUUUGGUACAAGUAUAUAAAUGUUAAUUCAUUACAAAAUCAUACAGUGGACAAAGGGAUGCAUCACCCCUGUGAGAUAAAACUAUUUCUCCAUUUUUAAUGUUAAAUCAUUAAAUCUUAUAUGUAUAACAGUACUUUACCAAGAUUGUACAUUGAAAAAUGCACAAGACUAGCAAUAAAUUUUUAUAUCAACACAUUUUUAAUACCUAAUAUCAUACUAUUUAGUAAAUUUUUACCUUAUCUUAAUUAUAGUGAAAAUUUAUGAUUAUUAUUAUGCCUAUUCUGUAGCAAUAACACCAAAUUAAAUCUAAAUAACUUGGCAAAUAAAUAAAAACUUACAUUUUGCAAUAUCUUGAAGAGUAAACUAUGUUUAAACAAAUUGUUAUAAUAAUUACCUAUAUUAACAGUUUAGUUCCUUUGACACCAUAUUGCAUGACUAGCAAUUUUAAUAUUUGAAAUAAUUUCAAUAUUUUUUUUUUUUUUCAAUGUAAUAAUCAUUGAUUUCGUUCAUCAAUGAUUUUGUACUAAAAUUCUUUCCUUAAUUAAUAACUUAAUAAAAAACACUGGUUAUUACGAUGACAUUAGUUUUCUUAAACAAAGAGUUUGUUUUAUUUUGGAGUAUAAGUAGUUAUUUUGAAAAAUUUUGGUAAAAUAUUUUCUGAAAAAAUAUACUAUUGAUAGAUGGACUUCCAGUAAUGUUGUAGUUAAAUAUGCCGCCUACAUAGGAUUUUAUCAUUCACUUACAUAUUUUGGCAGUGAACCGUCUAUUUUAUCAUACUAUAGAAGUAUUUCCUUUUGUAAGACAAAGUUGAAUAAAAAUUGAAACUAUUUACUGUGUGUGCAAUUUUAUUUGGUUAGUGAAAUAUAUUUACAUAUUUGUUGUAGUGGGCUGAGGCCUGAAAGGUACAUUAUUUGGGUGCUAAUUUUUGCUUUGAGUUUGAAUUUUUUGAUUAUCACUAGAAAUAAGUUUUUUUUUUAAAUUUAACUUUGUUAGAAAUACCAACCAAAGUUUUAGUUUUUGUUAGUAUUCAAAUGUGAAGCCAAUCUUUUGAAUAUGUUAGUGCAUUGAAUGUCCUAUAUAUUUUUAGCCUCAAACUUAAAAUUUUUGUUUAUAAACAUACUGUAAGACCUUUCAAUAUGGUGGUAUUGUUUCCUCUUAAUAUUAACAGCACAGGGAAACUCUCAACAAAAAAGGUAUUCACUCAAUUGUAUGAAACAUACAGUCAUUGGAUAGAUGACAGCUAUAAUCUUGUAAAAAAUUGAGAUAGCCGCAAUCCACUAUGUUUUAAGCAACAUCAUAUGCAUCUUCUCACUUAUUUUCAUUAAUAAAAACUUCGUUUUCAAACUUAGCCCGAAUAUACUUCUUCAUCAAUUGCUAUACUGUAAUUACUACUAUUUCAAACUAAUGUCAAAUGACUGCAUGAUUCAUACUAAACUAAAUUUAAAUUUUUACUAAGGCGGUCUGCACCUGAAAUUUAAUACUUCAUAAGAAGGCAGAAUGUUUAUUUUAAGACAACCAAUGCUUGUGUAUUAUAUUUAAGUACAAUUCUCGCUAGUGAAUUUUUGCAGGUGAUGUUCAGUAUUUGUUUCUUGUAAUGUUUUAUGUGAUUUCUUAGUCUAUGUAAGAAAUAAAAACUAGCUCAGUCA